AUGGCGGAAUGGCCCUGGCAAGAGAGCCUGCACAACUUCAACAGACUGACCUGUGGGGGCUCCCUCUUCAGUGACCGCUGGGUUGUGAGUGCUGCUCAUUGCUUCCAGAGUAACAACCCAAACACCUGGACGGUAUACCUGGGCCUGCACUCUCAGAACGAUCUCAGCGCUUCAACUGUCGUGGCCAGAAGCGUCAACAGAAUCCUCAUCCACGAGCGCUACAACGGAAGCAGCCAUGACUAUGACAUUGCUCUUAUGGAGCUGUCAGAACUUGUUUCCUUCAUCGAUUACAUACAGCCAGUUUGCCUCCCACCUCGCUUUCAGAAGUUUCCCUACCCAGGGAAAUCAUGCUUCAUUUCUGGUUGGGGAAAAAUUUUGAAGGUGGUAAGUCCAACAGGCUGCACACCCGACCAGCUUCAGGAGGCUUCAGUAGAGAUCUUCAAGACGUGCGUCACCCCAGGGCCGCAGGCCUAUAGCCCAUCUCUAAUCACCAACAGGAUGCUGUGUGCAGGGUACCUCGAAGGAGGGGUGGACACCUGCCAAGGAGACUCUGGGGGUCUCUUGGUUUGCCAGGACUCAAACGGCCGCUGGUUUUGGUACCUCUCUGGAAUCACCAGCUGGGGCUAUGGCUGUGCACGGGCUUACCAGCCAGGUGUUUACAGCAGGGUCACCAAAUUCUUGGACUGGAUUCACCAGAACAUGCAGUAGUCUAUUAUACCAUCCUGCACCGAUAUAAUACUAUAGAUCAUGGAUAUUAAUGAUGGGAACUGUAAAUCAAAAUAAUUGAUGCAGGCAAUCAAUAUGUAAAAAAUAAACGCAUUGUAAAUUGUUGUUAAAAUGUUCAUUUAUAUCGCUGAAUACUAUAUUUUAACUGCACCAGAAUGUAACAAGGUUUGCAA